AGCUGGGGGAAGGGAAAGAGGAGGGCGAGGGGAGGGGACAAGAGAGCUAGCGGUCCCGCCCGGUGAUGUAGGCAGCCCGGGGAGGUGGAGCCGCGACGCCUGAAGGAGUCCCCACCGCAGCCGCGCUCUAGGUCUACCCCACCGAGCAGCUGCCAUCCCCGGCACCGGCGACCUCCCUUGCCGCCGCAAUUUGGGCGGCAGGGACCACGGGAAUCCCCUCUUAUUCGGGCCUGGGGGGCGUCCGCCAAUCCCAGUCCCUGCCCCUCCUUGCUUCCCAGACGGCUGGAGCCAUUCCCGGGGGACKCUAUUCCCGGCCGCACGCCGCCGCCCGGGCAUCUCCGCGGCCAGCCCGGCUGGGUAACGGGCAUCUGCGAAACUAGCCCCGCCUGGCACUGGGCAUCUUGGGCACCGGCUGUCUCUGGCGCCGCCCAGCUUUUCGCGACUACAGGGCGGUGGGUUUCUGGGCGCUUUUCCUUCCCUGGGUCGCUGGACAGGACGCUGGUGAGCUCCCUGCGCCUCCAGCCCCCUGCGCCGCGAUGCUGCCCUGGAGGCGAAACAAAUUCGUGCUGGUGGAGGACGAGGCCAAGUGCAAAACGAAGAGCCUGAGCCCGGGGCUCGCCUACACGUCUCUCCUCUCCAGCUUCCUGCGCUCCUGCCCGGACCUGCUGCCCGACUGGCCGCUGGAGCGCCUGGGCCGCGUGUUCCGCAGCCGGCGCCAGAAAGUGGAGCUCAACAGGGAGGACCCGACCUAUACGGUGUGGUACCUGGGUAACGCCGUCACCCUGCACGCCAAGGGCGACGGCUGCACAGACGACGCGGUGGGCAAGAUCUGGGCGCGCUGCGGGCCAGGCGGGGGCACCAAGAUGAAGCUGACGCUGGGGCCGCACGGCAUCCGCAUGCAGCCGUGCGAGCGCAGCGCCGCAGGGGGAUCGGGGGGCCGCAGGCCGACGCACGCCUACCUGCUGCCGCGCAUCACCUAUUGCACGGCGGACGGGCGCCACCCGCGUGUCUUCGCCUGGGUCUACCGCCACCAGGCGCGCCACAAGGCCGUGGUACUGCGCUGCCACGCCGUGCUGCUGGCGCGGGCGCACAAGGCGCGCGCCCUGGCCCGCCUGCUCCGCCAGACCGCGCUGGCGGCCUUCAGCGACUUCAAGCGGCUGCAACGCCAAAGCGACGCGCGCCACGUGCGCCAGCAGCACCUCCGCGCAGGGGGCGCCGCCGCCUCGGUGCCCCGCGCCCCACUACGCCGCCUGCUCAACGCAAAGUGCGCCUACCGGCCGCCGCCGACGGAGCGCGGCCGCGGGGCGCCGCGCCUCAGCAGCAUCCAGGAGGAGGACGAAGAGGAGGAGGAGGACGCGGAGUCGGGCGAGGCUGGAGCCCCCCAACGCGAGCGGCCCGAGGUGCUCAGCCUGGCCCGGGAGCUGAGGACGUGCAGCCUGCGGGGCGCCCCGGCGCCUCCGCCGCCCGCGCAGCCCCGCCGCUGGAAGGCCGGCCCCAGGGAGCGCGCGGGCCAGGCGCGCUGAGAGCCCAGGGACAGGACUCGCCGCCCCAGACCGGGCCGCUAGACUUACUGCCUCCAACCCUGGCCCUGCCCGCUUCGGCUCCCCGCUGGUCCCUGGCCCUGCCGCCCUUGUGGUCUCGUCGUCGCCUMGCCCCUCAUCCUGGCUCAGGGUGACACCUGAUAUGCCCUGGGUUAUUGGGGGGGGGGGCUUGUUCACUUCCCUGCAAACCCAGAGUUUCCUGGGCCCUCCGUUGGGGAACUGCCCUUGCGCUUUACACCGAGUCUGUGCCCACAGACCUCCCUGCUUCCAGCCAAAACAUCCUCUCAGGAGAAGGGAGAGAAAUUUUCAGAAACCAUGGAUGGUGGGUUUGGACCCUGACCAGGGUGGAGGCAGUGGCCCUGCCCUGGGUCCCUCUAGACUUUUYCCCCCGUGGUAAGAACCAUCCUGGAGAGGCAUUCUUGUAGGGAAAGAAUGGAGUGACUSGGGGAAACUGAGGCCAGGCCCAUAAUGGGCACAGCGUCUGCAGGUCAAACUAACGUGGAAGAAUUCUCUGCCUUGUGUGGGGCCUCUCUAUGCCUUGGAGGACUCCUGGGACUUCACUGCUCUGCCUCUGGA